AUGGCCACCCCGAGCCUCCUCCUCUCCGUGUGCGUGUGGCUCCUCACCGGGAGCCUCCCGGCGCAGGCGACGUACUACCGGCACCACCGCUACAUCCCCCACUACCGCUACCGGGAGCACUCCGCCAACACCGAGAACCUCCUCCCGGAGGUCUCCAACCCGCGGCGGGGGGUGUCCCGGCACGUCGUGCCCACCUACCCCCGGAUCCCCGAGGUCUUCCACCCCGCGCCCGAAGUCGUGCACCCCAUCCCGGAGGCUUUCCACCCGGUGCCCGAGGUGCUGCACCCCGCUCCUCACCCGUACCAGCCUCCUCAGGUGCGCCAGCCCGCACCGCACGUGCCCUCCCCGGGAGAAAGCACCAGUCGUAUUUUCUAUGGGAUCAUGUUUGACGCCGGGAGCACCGGCACCAGGAUCCACAUCUAUAAGUUCAUCCAGAAAGACCCCGUUGAGCUGCCAGUCCUGGACAAUGAAAUGUACCACGCAGUGAAACCGGGACUCUCGGCUUAUAAGGACAACCCUGAAGAGGGAGGCAACACCGUCCGCCAGCUGCUGAAGAUCGCCAAGAAGACGGUGCCGGAGGACGACUGGUCCAGGACCCCUGUGGUCCUGAAAGCCACAGCGGGUCUCCGUCUGCUGCCUGAAGACAAGGCCCACGCUCUUCUGCGGGAGGUACGGGAGGUGUUCGACGAGUCGCCUUUUUUCGUGCCGAACAACAGCGUCACUAUCAUGAAUGGGACAAAUGAAGGAGUCCUGGCCUGGGUCACGGUGAACUUCCUUACAGGUCACUUGUACUCCAACACGAGGAGGACAGUGGGGAUUCUGGAUCUGGGUGGAGGAUCCACACAGAUCACAUUCCUUCCGAAGUCAAAGAAAACCGUCCAGUCUGCUCCGCCGAGCUACAUCGCCCAGUUCAGCCUCUUCAACAACACAUAUCAGCUCUACACACACAGCUACCUUGGUAAUGGACUUUAUGCUGCCCGCCUGGCGACUCUUGGAGCUUUGGGAGCGGAUGGCCUGGAUUGGAAAGUCUUCACAAGUUCCUGCCUCCCGAAAAAGUUCAGAGAAGAUGUGACUUUUGGAGGAACCACCUAUAAAGUUAGCGGGAUUCCAGACGGUUACGCUGGCUACAAGCUGUGCUACUACGAGGUCAUGAGGGUCAUCAAAGGCAUCGUGCACCAGCCCUACGAGGUGAAGGGCAGCAGCGUCUUCUACGCCUUCUCCUACUACUUCGACCGGGCGGUGGAGUCCGGGCUCAUCGACGGCAGUCGAGGUGGUUCCAUUGAAGUCCGGGACUUUAAGAAGAGAGCCAAAGAAGUGUGCAACAAAAUGACCAAGUACCGAGCGAUCAGCCCUUUCCUCUGCAUGGAUAUGACAUAUAUCACUUGCCUGCUAAAGGAGGGCUUUGGCUUCAAGGACAGCACUGUGCUGCAGCUGGCUAAGAAGGUGAACAACGUGGAGACGAGCUGGGCCCUGGGCGCGACCUUCGACUACUUCAGGAACCUCAACAUCCACUGAGGACGGCUCGCACUGAGAGGGACAGUCUGUCACUGCGGGGCUUCCCGUCCUCCGCCCACCCUCAUCUCAGACGCGCCCGGCCCCCAAACACGCCUCCUCCCCCCGCCUCUCCGCCCGCCUCGGCACCCUGCGGACACUUCAAGAACUGUUGAAGAGAAAUCACUAUAUUUUUAUAAGGCCAGCUGUUUCUACUGUAUGAUGAGCUCAUAACUAGUGGGCUGACUUUAUUUUUGUAAAGGUUUACGUUGUCGAUUCCUGACGGGUGUCUGAUCUGAAAUGUGUUUUUCACCUACCUGUAACGCGUGUGGAGAGAGAGGGGAGCGGAGAAGCAGCUCGACCGGACUGGUGUUUUUGGUGCUUACUGUGGUCCUGGCGUGCACUGCACAGCACGGUGCAAGAAACUUACAGACGAGUUGCUGGAAUUGCAACCAUAGCUGUCCUUCUACGUGCCUGUAAAUCAAUUUUUUUUGUUUUUGUCUAGCAGUAAAUUAUUUUACGGGACCAGAGUGAGUUUGCUCUCAGGCAUCGUCGGAAACAGAGCAGUUGAUAAAUGUACAGCUUCUUUUUCUGGACUUGGCACGUUAACACUUUAACUGCAGGUAUUGUAGCAAAAAAAAGGCGUGAUCGCUUCCUUCGAUGGCCGCCGCAGACGGAGCCGUGCACGCCGGAUCCACCAUGACUCAGAGGGGCAGCGCGAGAGCGCCGGGCAGAGGCGCCUUUCACACGGAGUGUGUGUUGUGCAGCGUUUAUUUGUGUCAAGUCGACGUCAACUUUCUAACGGGGCAUCUGCCGUUUCAUCCGAGUGUCUAAACUGCAGCAGUAUCAGCUGCCGACUGGUAAAAUAAAAACAAAAAACACGACGCACCCAACAACAUAAUCUACAGUUUAAGUGCAGCGAAAAUGUUGACAUAAAUCACCAUUUUUCUUUCAUGCGUUUGCUGAGAUUUCUGUAUGUAAUGUUUGUGAACUGUACAAAUAUUUAAAUGACUGAAAGUUUAUGUAAGAAUAUUUGAAUUAUCCAGUAUAACUUCUUAACUAUUUGCUGUGUCUUCACUAGCCCGCGUAAUCAGUAACUACUGCUGUAUAUACACACCCUGUAAAGUCCGGUGAACGGCUUUCACGUCCAAACAUCUUUAAGCUGCACAAUUGCUAAGAAAUGCCUUAUAAUAUGUA